UCUUGCUGUUAUGUCGAUAUGAUCAAUUUCUGGGUUCUUUGUAAAGGAAUCGACGACAAGGCGCACAGCGUCCAGUUAAGGCAGAAGAAAAUUGAAAGUGGAACGGCAAAUGAUGGUGCCACGUUGGACGACUUAGUGAAGAAAGCACUCGAGAAAAUUGGAACGGAUGGCAAAUGCGAGGAUAGAUCAUUGGGUGAGCUGAGGGAUGAAACCACUCUAUCGAGUGAUGAAUCACAGUCGGCUCGCCAAGACACAGUGGGAUCAAGUCAGGACAAUCCCUUGUGUAUCUUGUAUGACAAUGUUAUUAAUCCCAUUGAAGACUUGCUUCAAUGUGGCGAACUAAUUAUUGUCCCGGAUGGACCGUUGUGCCUAGCACCCUUUGCUGCUUUUGUGGGUCGCGAUUCAAAGCACGUUUGCGAAUCUUUCAGAAUUCGCCUUGUUCCCUCAUUGACAACCUUGAAAGUGAUCACCGAUUGUCCAGCCGGUUUCCACAGUGAGAGUGGAGCGCUUCUCGUGGGAGAUCCGUGGGUGCAAGAGAUCGUCCACAAGGGAAGUAAGGAGCCGUUGUUUCGUCAGCUUCCUUGUGCCAGAGAGGAGGUAGAAAUGAUUGGAAAGAUUCUUAACACUGCCUCUCUCACUGGAGAGCAAGCAACAAAGAAAGAAGUUUUGAGACGGUUAGGCUCUGUUGCUUUGGUACACAUUGCAGCACACGGACGAAUGGAAACUGGUGAAAUUGUUCUCGCUCCGAAUCCAGAACGGACAACCAAGAUCCCUAAAGAGCAAGACUACAUGUUGACUAUGUCAGAUGUGCUAAGUUUUCAGCUACGAGCAAAGCUGGUCGUGUUAAGCUGCUGCCACAGUGGCAAAGGAAAAGUGACCGCUGAUGGUGUGGUUGGCAUUGCCAGAGCUUUUUUGGGUGCUGGAGCUCGUUCCGUUCUGGUGUCUCUGUGGGCGAUUUCUGACGAGGCCACUCUUGCGUUUAUGACAAGUUUCUACCAACACCUCAGGGAAGGAAAAAAUGUCGGCAUGGCUCUCCACUUGACUGCGAAGUGUCUUAGAGAGUCGGAGAACUAUGGGAAGGUAACGCACUGGGCUCCGUUUGUGCUCUUUGGUGAUGACGUUACACUGGAAUUGGCAACUGAAAAAGAAGAACAAUGCAAGUAGACUUUCCCAUAGAGAAACUCACUAGGGACGCAAAAAUAAGCACAACGGCCCAAAUAUAGGCUAAGGACGUUCACAUGCGUAAAAUAACCGGGAUCAAUGGGACUACGCAGCCGCAAUACCUCCCACAGAGAUCAGAUGACGACCACCUCAACUGGUUCAAGAGGACGGACGAUAAGGGAACAUUGUGUCUGUGCUUAGGCUUAUCGCACGCCACUUCCCAAUAGUAAAAUAAGUCCAAGCACAAGAGCAGGCGCAAGAACUAGGAUAUUCUUACUGGGAAUAAAUUCUUAUUAGGCUGUGAAGACGCAUAUAUUGUGCUAUAGUUACAACUGAAUGAGUUAUCUUAUUUGCAUCUUCUACAGUACGCGGGAAAGACCUGGUAAUGAAGUUUCAUUCUGGACCCUAUGAAAUUGACGAUGAAAAUUCUUCGAUCUAAGAUGACUGAAGGCGUGUUUUGUAAUAGACUCGCUGCUAACGGCUUACCGCUAUCCAAGGCUCUGAAAAUAUUCCUUUUCAUUUUUGUUUCAUUUUUUUCCCAUGAAGGGUCGUUCAAGGUCACGUUUUGUUUGGAAAACUUUUCAGGUGUUUCAAAUGCACCGUUCUCUGUACAACUGACGACAUUGGACAAGCACGUCUGUCAGCUGUGAGUUCCAUUAGACUACAAGUAUUAUUCUUUACAUUAUAUUUAAAUAUUUUACCCACGUCAACUGCGAAAAGGAAUUUAGAAAUCUGCAUGUAAAGGAUCAAAUCGUUUAAUUUAGCGCCCGUCAAAACACAGAGCGGUAAACGAAACAAAUUGAAGAGUUAUAAAAAGGUGGCUUAGCGAUGUAUGUCAGUUUUUGAUAUGGUGGUUCAUUAGGAUAUAUAUAUUCAACAAUUAUCUUGCGAAUUUGAGUGGAAUAACGCCUUACACGUAAUGCCUUUAUAAUGCUUGUACCGUUUAUUAUUGCAAAAUAUCGAAAAUAUAUUACGCCGCUAGUA